AUGCAUCAUCAAAAUAGAUUACCAACAAUUAAAAACACUAACAAAGAAUAAAGAUCUGAUUCUUUAGAUUUACCUACAAAUAGGUAAUGGGUGAGAAAAGAAACUUCUUAAAGUUCCGAAAGAAAUGUUUAGAACACCGAAAACUAUAGCAUAGCUCACUUAGAAAGGAAUGAAUAAAGGUAUGAUGCUUCUUAAAGAGCACAUAACAAAAAUAUUUUAGUCUAAGAUGAAAUGAAUUCUCAUUAAUUACGACAGAAAACAGACAUAAGUUCUCACAAAUUUAAAUUGAAUCCAGUAACUAAUGAAUACCAAAAUUAAAAAAAUCAACGCUAAAUCAGGUAGAAUCAAAAUUUUGAUGAAGUUGGUUAAGAUACUUAAGAAAAUUAAUAAAAUAAAAAAUAUUUAACUUUGGAUACUUAAACUGAAAGAAACUAAUUAGUCACAGUGAAAAGGUAAGCCUCAUUAUAACAACACAAAGAUAAGUCAAUAAAACCUGGAAGAAACAUUAAAGGAAUCAGAAAUUUUGCUGGUCAUGCUCAGAAUUUGUUAACUAACUUUACCUUUUAAAAUAAAUGGUUGAAAAAAUUAAAAUCCAUCUUUUAAGUAGCCAGAGCCUUAUGCAGAAUAUAGAUUUUAAUAAGACCAAAAAGGGAAUAAUGGGAUGUGGCGAUAUCAAAAGAAAUUGAUUGCAAACAGGAAUUAUCUUUCAACACAACUAUUAAUGCAAUAAAAAUCAAAUAAUGGUGUUAAAUGGUAUUUACGAAGGCUAUUUCUAUUAUUCAAUCCGAAACACUUGAUGAUCACAAAAUCAAUUUUAUAGAAAAUCAAUUAGCACCAUUACAAUUAGAUCAUGCAAUUAAUGUAACAACUCAAGUUUUCUGGUAUUUUAUGACUUCAUUCGAAUUAUUUACUAAUCAGAAAUUAUUCAUUAGAGAAUUUGGGUUAAUCAUGUACAAAGACCUGUUUGAAGAAUAAAGAAAGUUCUUUAGUAAAUUUGUCUCUAAACGUACGACUUACUUAUCAAGCAAAUAUAAAAUCAUCGCAGAUGAAUAGAGAGUGAUGAUUUAUUCAGAAUCUAUAAUUUACAAUUUACUUUAAGGAUUGAUGCUAUCAAUAAAUAAUCCAAAAGUGAUUAAUAUCAAUAAACCCAAUAGUAUCUUUCUUAUAAGAGUUUUGAUUACUUUAUUGCAGUAUUUGUUUAUGAAAACAUUUACGGAUUUACCAACAGUGAAUGAUUUAAGUGGCAACUAUAAGUUAAUUUAAUUUAAAUUUGCAUAAGUUAACAAAAAAGAUUACGCUCUAUAGGAGUGUAUUUAAGUAGAGAAAGAGGAGCUAAUAAUUGGUACAUAUAGAAUGGAUGAAUUGAGUCCAUUGUUUACCAAAAUCUCAUGGCAUUCAUCAAUUAAGAAAUGCUUUAAAAGAAUACUUAAUAAUUUAUUUCUUUAUAAAUUUUGA